AUGGCCGUGGCUCCUGCCAGAGAUGACCAUCGAAUUGUCAUCCACAUUGAUUAUGACUGCUUCUAUGCCUCAGUCUUUGAGGUCGAACGGCCCGCGCUCAAGUCGUUGCCUCUCGCCGUUCAGCAGAAACAAAUCGUCGUGACCUGCAACUACGAAGCACGACGCCGGGGUUUACGCAAGCUCCAACUGGUUCGAGAAGCCAAACAGAUCUGUCCGGAUGUUGUCGUCGUCUUGGGGGAGGAUCUGUCUAGAUUCCGCGACGCUUCGAAAGAUCUCUAUCUCUUCUUGCGCCGCUUCGUCUGGGGUGGUCGGGUCGAAAAAUUGGGGUUUGAUGAGUUGUUCCUGGAUGUCACAGACAUGAUUACCUACAACGUGGCUCUGUUGAAUCGAAACGACCUAGAACACUCAUUCUUUCACCUCGACCGGCAGGACCCCAUGCAGGGCUUUCAGUACGAUGCCACCAAACCACAUGGCCCCACCUAUCCCGUUGAAAACGACAACAGCUCCACUCCUGUGGCACCGGUGGAUUCAACGUCCCUGUACGCUAGAUUGCUUGUGGCGUCUCACCUGGCAGGCUACCUGCGCACUCAGCUCGAGGACCAAAAGGGAUACACUGCCUCGGUGGGGAUUUCGACGUCGAAACUUCUCGCCAAGUUGGUGGGAAACACGAAUAAGCCGAACAGCCAGACGACCCUUCUACCCCCGUACUUGGCUGCGGGGCCUGGGUCACAAUCCAACGUCCUUGAUUUUCUCUAUGCCCAUGAGAUCCGGAAAAUCCCCGGCAUUGGCUCCAAAAUUGUCCAACGUGUGACCUCGUAUCUCAUCCGCGCAGGCGUUCGGUCGGACUCUCCCAUCGCAGAUGAUGCUCCUGUAACCGUCCGAGACGUUUGCCAAUGUCCCGGCAUGGGCCCCAUGCUUCUAGAUAAGAUCCUUGGGGGCCCUGGUUCCCCCAGGGAUAUUGGUGUGAAGAUCUGGGGGCUGAUCCAUGGCGUUGAUUACUCGGAGGUCCAGCAGGCUCGGGACUUGCCAACCCAGAUUAGCAUCGAAGAUAGCUACGGGCGCAUGGAUACCCAGGACGGAGUCCGACGAGAGUUGGUCUCAUUGGCGGCUAGUCUCAUUCGACGCAUGCGGACUGAUCUGACCGAGAGGCUCGACGAGGGCGAGUUGGCAGCCACUGGACCGUCCCCCUCAACGGCACCGAGACUCCAUUGGCUUGCUCGACCAAAGACGCUUCGUCUGUCCACACGUCCGAGGCCGCCUCCCACCCCGGAUGGAGGCCACGCCCGCAGUUUCCAUCGCAUCUCGCGCUCGGCACCGCUACCCCAGUACGUAUGCAACCUCGAUGAGAGCGUUGACGCAUUGGCGGAGAGACUGGUGCAGGAUCAUGCCAUGUCUAUGUUCCGCAAGCUUCACCCGGAGAAGUCCGGGUGGAACCUGCAACUGUUGAACAUCGCGGUGACGAACAUAGUAGAGGCGGCCGGAGAGCGUAAGCAAAGCAGUGGCCGGGAUAUAGGCAAGAUGUUCCAAAAGCAACAGACGGAGGAUCGAGCCGGAUUUCGCGGUAGAGAAGCAGAAUCGCAUCUAGCUGGGCAGCCCGAUGGGGAGUGGUCGGACCUCUCCUGGGAUGAAUUCAACGCUCAACCUGAUCCCGAUGAUGAUGGUUGGGAGGAGAGUGACGGCGAAGGAGACACGGCUAGCGUAGCUUGCACCAUCUGCGGAAUAUCGAUACCACACUUUGCCCUUGCUGCCCACAGGAUAUACCACUCCGUUCCUGAUGACUGA